UUUACCGACACGCCAAAUGUCAUUGCUCCAUGCGAAGCUUUCGAGGUUAUAAAUCCCACAAACUUCCCCCUUGUUUUGCUCUGUUCGUACGCAAUGUUCAAAAGUUUGAUUACAACCCUGCGCUUCGCCACCCUCCAUGACCUCACCUUCACCCCUCGGCGCUUCGCUGGUCAUUCAAAAUGGCAAAAUAUUAGGCACAUCAAAGGGGCCAAGGAUGCGGCAAGAUCGGCCCUUUUUACUAGAUUGAGCCGCCAAAUCAAAGUCGCUAUUCAAGAAGGGGGUUCAUCCGAUGUUAAAAAGAAUCUCCAGCUGGAAAACAUCAUCGAGCAAUGCAGGCGUGCCAACAUGCCACUAGCCACAAUCCAGAGCGUCAUCAAGAGUUGCGAGAGCGACAAAUCAAACAGCAAGCCACACCUAUUCGAGAUAAAGGGGCCCGGAGGGUGCAUAAUCCUGUGCGAGGUGUUUACAAGCAACCUUCACGCUUUGAGGCAGAACAUAUCGACGUUGCUGCGCAAAAAUAAAGGAAAAUAUAGCGACGGGGGCGCUAUGCACAUGUUCGAACAAAAAGGGAUCAUAGAAACAGAAUUGGAUUCAGAAAAACCGGUCGAGGGGGUACUGGAAGCCGCCACAGACCACGCGAUUGAAGCCGGCGCCGAGGACGUUAAAAUCACAGACCCUGAACAAAAAUUGCAGUUUGUUUGUGGCGCCACGAGCUUGAAAAAAGUCGUAGCGGCGCUAGAAGACUUCAACUAUAAAAUUUCCAGCGCUAGCGUGGAGUUCAUCCCCUACAAACUUCAAGAACUCAACGACGACGACUUGAAGUUGUGCGCAAACUUGUAUGAGAAGCUUGAGGCUAUGCCAGAAGUGGUGAGGCUCUCUGACAAUAUUGCGUAACUUUAUUUGACAUCGAUACAGUGGUUCUAACAUUACGGAUCACAGUGAUAUCUUAAGUGUAAUUAUUGUAUAUAAAAAUACAUUGUACUAUUUACAUGUU